AUGCCGGCAAACUUCAAGACCUACGAGGCCCAGGCGCGCCUUUUGGCCGCAGUGAUCGCGGCUCAUCCCGAGCUCAGGCUCAACUACAAGGCAAUCGCACAGCACUAUGGCAAGUCCGCAACCAUGAGCGCCAUUGAACAUCGCUUCCGCCCUGUUCGUAAACAGGCGGAAUGCUUGCGCCUUGCUGUCAGUAGGGGCGAUGAUCCGGAGGAGAUUGACAUCCUCGAAACCGGCGAACUUGCCAGAUACUUUGGCGAAUCUACCGCCGACGGCCUCCAGUUCCAAUUCCGUAGCAUCAAAGCUGGCGCUGAAGCCAUCAAGAACGCUGUCGACAACGGCGAAGAUCCCAUUGAAGCGUUUAACAACGUCGGCUCCGGCUCAGGAACCAACAAAACGCCUUCAGGCCGCAAGCGUGGCCGCCCAGCCGGUACUCCAGCCUCUGGCAGAAGCCGCGCUGGAGCUGGUACUCCUGCUACCGGCAAAAGCACGAGCACCACCGCCAAACCGCGGAGGUCAACAGCCAAGAAGGCGAAUUACGUAGAGCCGCAAACGACUACGGAUAAGGACGAGUCGGCUGCGUCUGUCGACUACGACGCCUUGGAUGACUCUCCUACCGGCCACUUGGCGAAGAAGACGCGCACGACGCCCAUCAAGACUGCUUUGCCGCCUAGACGCAUGUCUGGUGCUGCCGCGCCGCCCUCCCAGCCAGUCUUCAAGACCGAGGCCCUUGAUGAGAUCUUUGAGGUCAGCGAUAGGCUGCCUUCUCCCUCUCCGAUGCCGCCGCUGCCUUCUACUGCUACAGGUGGUAAUAACGAUUUCUUCACCAACGGUAUGGCGCAAAACGAGCGCGCCGCAUCAGAGUAUCACACGCCUGCACCGGAAUUUCCCCCCAAUGCCUCUGCACAAACAAGCCAGAGCCAGUCCCAAUCCCAGGGCUUCAACAUUAAGCAGGAGGCCCUCUCCUACAACAACGCCGGCAUGUCCUUCGACGGUGGAGUGACCACCAGCUUUGCUUCCGCUACCACCAGCAUCUUUGGUGGCAACCAUGGAUAUACCGCCACCACCACCGGCGGAUACCUUCAGCAACAGCAGCACAACACGCAAAACAGCAACAACAAUAACAACAACAACAACUCUGCUGGGUACAUCAACAUUGUUAGUGACGACGAAGAUGAUUACACGCAGUCUCAGAGCCUCUUUGGCGCUGCCGUCCGUACCCUGGGAGGAGGAGGAGGGGGAGGAGGAGGAGGACACGGAAGCUCUGGAAAUUUCAGCCAGGAUUUUACUACGACUCCGGGCAUGGGCAUGGGCUUGCCGAGCAACAUGACCGGGGACGGUAGUGGUGGUGGUAAUGGUGACAUGGGUUCCUUUUACGUGGAUGAGGACCAAUAUGAGAUCUAG